UUCAUGUACAAGUGAGUGUACAAUUUGAAGAAACAUCAAACUUUUGCGAAUAUUUUAUGCACUGAGAAUAUAAACUAAUGUUUAUUGAUUAGUUGAUUAGCUAUUGUACUGACGCAUAAUGAUAAAUAAGUACAUUACUUAUUGAAGUAAAACAAUCCACAAAAUUCAGUAAUUUCAGUUAAUUAUUAUCAUUUUGGAAUGAGCAAUGCAAAGUUUACAUCAUUACUGUCCGUAUUAUCCUUGUUAGCUGUGUUAUUUUUUCUUCAUUCAUGCAUAGCUCAUUCAAAUAAAUUACCAGAUCGUCAGUAUACUGUUGAUAGAAGAAAUGAUGAUUCACAUCAGAAAUUCAGACAUAAACAUGCUGAAGUUGAUUUUUUUUUACAAAAAACAUUUAAAAACAAAUGGUUCUCUCGUAAAAAAAGUACUAAAGGCUGGGGAUUUAUAGAUGAAUUAUGGAAAAAUGAUAAGACAGAUUAUCCAUUGAGUAGAAAGAGAUCUUACCAUACUGAAUCGAAACUAUCACAGGAUACAAAAAAAUUUUCUCCAAGUUAUCGACGUCAUUCUAACAAUCAUUUUAACCCUAAAAAGGAUAAUACGCAUCGUAAAAAUUUGCAUGAAGUGGAUAAUUAUUUCGAUAAGCGUGUUCCAAAAGCAUCGAAUACCUUUCAUGGUCAUGAUAAGAAACACUAUGGAUCUAAAUUGAACUCACUUGUCUACUAUUUACUUGAUCGCCUACGACAUUAUGGUCGGGUAUUGUUGGGUAUAUUUGCCGAAACCAAUGAUGUAAUUGAAGAAUAUGACACUAAUGUUGGUCCACAUCGUAAGAGACAAAAAUUUUACUAAUCACAUACACUAUUUACUACCAGAAUUGUGUACAUUCCUAAAUGUUAUCUGUCAGAAAUAAAGUUUAGAUGUUUGU